AUGGCAGAACGAAAGGAAAAGAUUGGAAUUAUUGGAAGUGGUCUAAUAGGAAGAUCCUGGAGUAUGUUAUUUGCUGCUCAAGGCUACAAAGUGACGCUUUUCGACAUAGAUGACGCCAGGAUUUUUGACGCUUUAAAUUAUAUUGAAGGAGAAUUAAAAAGAUUAGAAGCAGCAAAUUUGUUGAGAGGAAAAUUGACUGCAAAACAGCAAUUUUCCUGCGUUUCUGGUUCCUCCAGUUUAGCAGAAGCCGUCAAGGGCGCCUUUUUCGUCCAGGAAUGCAUUCCUGAAAACCUGGAUCUUAAAAAAAAAUUAUACCAAGAACUUGAUGAAGUCGUUGGAGACAACACCAUAAUUUCAUCAUCAACCAGCACUUUUAUGCCAUCAUUGUUCAGCGAAAACCUGAAACACAGAUCACAGGUUUUGGUGUCUCAUCCAGUAAAUCCACCAUACUACGUUCCCCUGGUUGAAAUAGUACCAGCACCCUGGACAAAACCUGAAUUUGCUGCCAAAACCAGAGAAUUGAUGGAAGAAAUUGGUCAGGCUCCUGUUUCCCUGACCAGAGAAAUCGAGGGAUUCGCCUUGAAUAGAAUUCAGUAUGCUAUUUUAAAUGAAGUCUGGAGAUUGGUUGAACAGAAAGUCCUGGACGUCAAGGAUAUCGAUAAAGUCAUGUCUGAAGGUUUAGGGAUGCGUUAUGCCUUUUUGGGGGCUUUGGAAACAGCCCAUUUGAAUGCUGAGGGGAUGAAAAGCUACUGCGAUAGAUAUUCCAAGACAAUUUAUGCAGUUAGUGAAACUAUGGGUCCAACUCCAAAAAUGGAGGGGCCCCAAGCCCUAGAAGUUGCAAGACAGUUGGAAGAGAUGUGCCCCCUUGAUCAGUUGGAAAAACGAAGAAUUUGGAGGGACAAUUGUCUCACUAAAUUGAGUCAACUCAAAAAUGAAAUGAACAAAGAAUCUUGAAGACUCUUGAAGAAGAAUUUUGCAUUUAUGAAUUUUUAGAAGAAUAUUAAUA